CUUCGCAAAUCGACAGAAUAAACGCACUUUUCGCAUUCCUGUCGUCACUGGUGCACCGUGGCAUAGGAACCGUGCGUCGGCGAGCGUAUUUAUCCUUUCGGGAUACGAAAAGGAAUAUUUAAUCAUUCGCAGAGCCCAGCCAGAAUGACCAUCGUGCGUUAGCAGCGAGUGAGAACACUCGUUUCAUCCGUCCAUACAGUGAUAUCAUCCGAGCGGUGAAGAUAUCGCUUCAAUCUUUCGCAUCACACAGCUAGUCACACACCCGACACACACCGCCUAACAAGGGGCCCAACUAGCGGAGUCACCAUGAAGCUACAAACGCAAGCGAAACUCGUCCUGACUGUAAUGCUAGGGUUAGCUACAAUUGUACGGACCGCACCGAAGAGCGGUCCCUCUGAGGCGACAGACGCGUCGAAAGUGGACUCCACCAGUGUUUCUGGGAGCCGUUUGCUCGUGAAUUGCAGUGCCAACGCAACAACCGCUGACUGUCUGGCGCUCAAGGAUAUGCUACAGGCUCUGGAUGAUUACAAACUUGACGGAGCGGAAGCAGCAAUAUCGCAAUCGCUUACCCGAAACCUUUCGCGCACGGAAGGAAUCCUCUUCUGCAACAAUCUUACCGGAACUGUUUCGAACCGACUACCGGUAUACUUGAGAAACAAACCAGAGCUUCUACCGUUCGGCGAUCUCGUUAAAUGCGCGAAAAACUGCUAUACGUCAACGUUUUCGAUCAAGGAAUCUUGCCGGGCACUGUUGGUCGGAUUCGAGAUGAUAGUGGAAGCGGAAAACAAGAAGGGUAUACCGGAAGGGGAAGGCAAAUCUGCCGUGCCAGCAAAGUUUAUCGCUCCGCCGAGGGAUGAAUCGAAGCACGAUAUUGUGGUGGCAUCCGGUAUUGGGGGAUCAGAGCUAGAGAAGGCCAAACAACUAGUCUCCAACAGUACGGGUACGGGUGGCGCGGACGUGCACAAGCUCAUAUCGCCAAACAGUGUUCCCGCGGUCCAAGGCAAUGCAAGUGCAGCGGUGGAGGGAAGACCAGCCGUGGUUGUGGUGGACGACACCAAGGCAAAAGAAGACGAAAAAGCGCACGAACCGCCGAAGAAGGUAGAGAAGAAGGUGGACACUGCAGAGCAGCAGCAGCUGCAGGAAGAGUCGCCAGAUAGUCCCGGCAACAUCGACCAAAGGCCCUUCGAUGAUCCACCAGAGGCGCGUGGGGACGAUGAGACCGCGAAGGAGGAGGCAAACAAAGACGUCGUCGCUGAAAAUUCCGCAGAACUAAUGGAACCAGGCUCGUCUGAGGAAGCGAACGCUGACGCUGAUCCGGACCAGGAGACGAACCCGUUUCUGCCCGAGCGAAAAGAGGAAGGAGGACGGGAAGUCAAGGAACGAAACGAAGGCGAACCCGCUGGCGGUGAACCGAAGGCCAGCAGCGACAUUGUGCAGGGGUCGGAUCCGUUCUAUAAUCAGAACGAUUCCAACUUUUUCUCGUAUUUUCUGUUCGCCAUGUUCAGCUGCGCACUGUGCUACGUGGCGUACCAUAACAAAUCGAAGCUGCUCGCACUGCUAGUCGAGGGCCGACGGACGAGCAGCGGUCGUGGGGGUUUCAGCAAGGGCCGCAAGCAUACGGCGGCCUACCGGAAGCUGGACUCAAACCUCGAGGAAGCCAUCACAUCGGGAAGUGCACCGGCGGGAGGACACUCGUCGUCGCAGAUCAUCUACUGAGAGCUUCGCGCUACGGUUACAGCGCAGAUGGUCCCUACCGCGGGGCCGUCGGCCUCCCCGGGACCACUUGUAAAUACUUUCUUAAAGUGCGUUUCAGUUCGACGCUUCUGCCCCGAGGCGCCUCACUCUUCGUAGCUCUCGCAAAACGCGCUCGCCCUGGGGGCGUUCGAAAAAACGAUAUUUCAUUGCACGUGGCAUAGUAGCAGCCUUUCGACUUUUACUUGUCUCUUCAUCCGCUCCUACCCGCAGCACCGCUGACUUACUGUCCCAUCGUCUACCCAUCCUUACGGAUCCCGGAUGGAUGGGCGAUCUCUUACGGUUUUGUUGC